AUGGCUGGACCGGACCCUAACGCUCCGCCAGCCGAUCCGCUGUCACGAGUCUGGAUAACGCUGGCUACUCGAGCAUCCUACCUACCAGGCCUGGUCUUACUCAUCCACACCCUCUAUAAACACGGCUCGGUCCACCCCAUCAUCGUCCAAUACACCAAGACCCUUCCGAAAGACUGCGUAGAAUGCCUAGAAAAGCUCCCCAAAAGAUACCCACUGCUCCGCCCGCAGUUGGUCGAACCAAUUGCUUUGCCCCAAGGCCUCAAACCAGUCGCAACCCGCUUCGACGACACUCUGACUAAACUCCGCGCAUUCGAACCUAUCGAUGACCCGAAAGUGCUACAGCAACUACGCCUCCCUAAGACACCAGAACACGCCUGCUUCCUCGAUGCCGAUAUCAUGAUCUUCAAGAAUCCAGACGACAUCUUCAACAUCCCCCGCCCUUCCAACAACUGGAUCAUCGCCCACCACGCCUGCGUCUGCAACAUCGACUCAGACCCCUGGGCGCCACCAGAAUGGACCAAGGAAAACUGCGCCUGUACACCCCUCGUCCACCCCUCCGCCCUCUCCGGCCCCGUGCCCUCAUCCCCAUCCGCCGGCGCGCGCCCAACAUACCAACUCCUCAACUCCGGCGUCUUCGUCUGCAGCCCCUCUCUCAAACUCUGGAACCAAAUUGAAAAAUUCCGAGUCUCCGACCCCCGCGUGGCCAACUUCACGUUCCCGGAUCAGAACUUUCUCGAUGAGUUCUUUCGCGGGAAGUGGGUUCCGAUGGGGUGGCAGUACAAUGCGCUGAAGACGCAUCGGUAUUGGCAUGCUGGGGCGUGGAGGGAUGGGGAGGUGAGGUGUUUGCAUUAUAUUGUGGACAAGCCGUGGGAGAAGAGGCCCGGGGCGGAUGGGGUGGCGGGGUAUCUUGGGAGGGAUGGGGAGACGCAUAGCUGGUGGUGGAGGGAGUUUGAUGAGUUUGAGGGGUUCAAGGGGGAGGGUGGGGAGGUGUUGGAGGUUGUGAAGAGGUAUAUGGGGAGGGAGUUGAAUGAUAUUGAUGGGAUCAAGUAG